AUGACAAUGAACUGCAAGCUGUCGCUCGACCUGUCAAGCACAGAGUCAGAAAACUUCUAUUUCUGGAAGGAGAACAUAUACAAGUUAGUAAACUAUCACUACGUGCCGAAACAGCCGUGUAAACUCUUCCGGGUGUUCCAUAACAACCAGCUGCUGUGGGAAAGCGACGGAGGAUCGUUUUGCACAAAAGUGAUAGUUUGCCGCUCAGAAGGCCAGCCACUGCUGCUCCACAUAUCGUUCGUGAGCGACGGGCUCAAGGAAGUCUCGUACUUCGUGAACCGUAGAGCAAUAGAGAGAGAUUCAAGCUCCGAGAGUGAGAGAGUUCGCCGCCCCAAGCCAGAAGCAACAUUAUCGGAUAUACCCAGCAAAUGUACACACUAUACUGAUGCGGAUGUGCUAGAGAACAAUGAGUACCUGUCAAAGGAGAUCUUCAAGGCUGAUCUCUCGAGCAAACACGGUCAAGUAUGUCCAGAUCAGCUCCAGUUCAACGGCCAGCACACCUCAAAUCAAUGUGUAGACUUAAACGCAAGGAGUGACGCAGAUCUGGCUGCGUGUUUGGAUGGGCAGAGCGUAUUUGAGGAGGUAAAGGAGGAGGCCGCACUAGAAUGGGUGAAAAUAAGCUCGCAGAACUUCUACCUUAGGUUCCACCGCCUAGUUGAGUCGAGCCAGGUGCUGCAAGAGCUGGAACUGGUGAUCACGAAGCCGAACGAGAAGAAGGUGUUCGUUAACAAGUCAUCGAAACUACUGGUGGACGUGUACGUGCCAGGGGUGGGCUACAAGAUUAACGCAGUUAAGGACGGGAGGAAGGACGUGUGGAGAGCCACGUCGCCGAACUUUCGGUGCUCCACAGUCUUCGCACACCCGAAGGCAAGUUAUUCAUACCUGCACCUGGUGAUAGAGGGCUACCUGGACCCAGGAAUGGACCUAGAUACAGUGUUGGCAGGAGUAAACGGGUCGCCUGAGGGGUCAGGAGCAGGGUUCGGAAGUAGAUACGCAAGAUACUUUGGAGUAUCGAGAAGAUUAUUCGGGCCUGUAAGUGAACCCUCAGACGAAAGCAAUGCAAAUAAAGCGUCUAGCAACGAGUAUGUGACGAGAAUGGGCUCAGAAGGCUUGAAAAUGACCUAUGGCACCCGCAGAGGCCCUGAACCACAGAACGGUUCAAAGUACUUUAAAACGGAUUUGUUCUUCAAGAAGUCCUUUAUGCGCUGGAACAGAAUAUCGCGCUCAGCCUACUUUGGCUACUUCGAGUUGGAUUUCGGAAGGACGGGGCUGAACAACGAAGUGUGUAACCUGGACAAGGACCUCUACUGCUACUACUACAAGAAGAUACAGCUCAGUCUAGAUGAGCUGAGCGAGGCCUUUAGGGGAAUGGAACAGCAACUGGACGUUUCAGAGCCAACUCAAAGCGCCAGAAACUCUUAUUCACAGUCCGAAGAGGUGGACGACCUGGGCCACCUGAACGAGUGCUUUUACAUCGUAAAAAACCACUUCCACACCAUCACGAACGUGUGCGUGACGCCGAGGCCUGGCUUCAUCCUGAAGGAGGUGCAACUGGAGAAGUUGCGUCUGACCUCAGGAUACUCGGAAUACAUCCUCUACCUAAACCUGCACUACUACAUGGGCGACCUGGCGUCCUUCUACCUGAUCCUGAGCACGAACAGCGGCGAGAACGCACUGUACUUCCUGAAGAAGGACGGUCUCUGGGUGUCCGUGAGCUUCACGCAGUACAUGAGGUCCUUCUCGAACUACACGUACGUCACAGGGGCCGAGAGGACCACGUAUCUGCAGGAGUUGGGGCCGCUGGGAGGAGUGAAUGUAGCAGGGUCGGAGCUUAACGGAGCAGCGAACGUUGUGAGUCUCAACAGCGCGGACCUGAGCAACACGUAUAACAUGACCAAGUUAGGAAGCGCAGAGAAACAGAAUGCAGAAGUAGGCGGAACGACGCUGAACAGAAGUCUCAGCAUGAUGAGCACGAUGAAGAGCGUAGGCACGGGCUUCGAGAGCGCACUCAACAGUGGAAGGAUGGGAAGGACCUACAGCAUGCUCAGCACUAAGAGCACGAGCAGGUCCUCGAGCUUCAGCCUGGCGAACAGAGGAGUCGUGCUCUCGAGCAGCCAUUUCGCACGCUUGCGCAACAACCUUAAAACGCUCAAGGCGAACCUGAGCAUCAUAAGGCUGAAGAUGGCAAACCUGCCCGGAGUGCGGGGGAUCGCAGGGCUCACCUCUGGAGGGAAGCUGGGAUUCACUAAACGCAGAGGACUGAGGAACUCGGGGAGGCUGAGCGCACGUCUGAGCGAGAGAGCGAGCGGAAGAGUGACCAACCCGAGCCAAAUGAAGAACAUAAAGCUGAGCGACCUGCUGAAGAAGAGGCCGCGCGAAGAGCCGUUCAUGGGGAAGAUUUUCACGAGCAGCUUCAGAAACAAGAAGAACCUGCUGAUAAAGACGUACUUCUCGCCGGCAGAAAACUACUCGAACCCAAGGAGAGUGUUCAGGCACAGGCUGCAGCCGGAUCACCUGAGCGCCUGGGGAGGAGAAGUCCUGGGAAGCGGCUCAAGGGAUUUCACUGCCGCAAGGCUCAACAGUGCCUCUGCCAGUUAUGACGAGUUGAGCGCCGCCUCACUAUUGAGCUCAGUUAACGGAUGGUCGCAGGCCACCAGCAACUUCCCGGAGAGGACGCUGUGCAUGCCACUGAGCCCAGCGAGCAACCUCAGGGCCGCCUGGAGCAACAGAACCAUGAGGUGGGCCGAGGGCAGAGUGACGAGGAGGACGAGGCUGCGCGACAGGCUGUGGAAGCUGCAUCGAGGGCUGGGGAACCCCUUCGCCGCGAGCGGCUUCGACACCUCACUGCCCUCGAGCAGGCGCUUCGGGCCCACGCGAGCCUUUCACUCGGCGAGAUUGUUCUCAGCAAGGGCAAUAGGCAACAGCGAAAAGAAUGUGAUACUCGUGGGCGGCCUGGCCUCGACGUUCCUCGAGUCGUUUAUGACCGUGAACGUGAACAAGUUUUUGCAAAAAAACAGCUACCUGAACCUGAACCCGUACCUGAGUCACGUUCCCAAGUACAACGUGUUGGCGGUGACGACGAAGGAGGUCAGCACCACGGAAGCGCUAAUACUUGAUGGUGGUUAUGUAGUUUGUGCUAAUAAUUAUAUAGGUUCCGGCUUGACACUGUCGGACUCAACCACAGACAGCACACCGAACGCACACAGCGCCGGCACUACCAGCUCAAGGAACGCCCAGUACCUCUUGUCCAAAAGAUACUACCGCAAGUACGGGGAGCUCUUCAACAGCUCAAGCUACUACGGAGACGACCUCCUGGACGUAUUCAGGUCGUUUAGCUACACGGGGUCGUUCGUGGAGCUGCUGAACAAGAUGGGCUACAACGUGUACAGCAUGGACCUGCAGUCUCACGGACUCUCCGAGGGGGCGCGCGACCUGAAGUGUUUCGCGGAGAAGUACGAGGACUACGUCGACGACCUGCUCCAGUACGUGAGCAUCGUGAAGUCGGGUCGCUUCUUUGACCACGGACAGACGUCCAGUGACACUCUGGCCGGAGGAGUGCGGCCGAGGCCAGGCAAGUACGUGCUGGUUGGCUUCAGCAUGGGGGCAAACAUAGCGGUCCAGGCGAUAGUGAACCACGUGUCGGCCUCGUCGAGCUGCGUGAACUGCGCCAUGACGAAUCCAAACCUGGUGGACAAGUUCCUCUCGCUGAACGGAAUGUACAACAUAAAGGAGCAGUGUGGAAGGGUGGGAAGGCACCUGUACCCCUUCCUGUCCGGCAUAACCUCGCUGUUCAUUCCCACGAAGCCGUCGCCUGGGAGCCUGUCACGGAUGUACUCGGACUCGUUCCGAGUGUACAAUUUGUUCAACGAUGCCUACUACUACGUGUUCAAGCACCGCCACCUCAAGGUUUUGCAGAUAUUCAAGGCCUGCGACGCGGUGUUUGAGAAGUUUAAACGCUACCCGAAGGACCUGAAGACCUUCAUAUUGCAUUCCACCAGCGACAACAGAUGCCACGUUACUGGCGCCAACACCUUUUACGAGCAUAUAAAGAACGGCCGCAACGAGUACAUACAAAUUGACUCAAACUUCCACACCAUAGUGAAUUACGAGUUCCUGGGACUUAUGGGAGACAUAUUGAGUAAAAUAUUGGUUUAA